UAAAGAAGGCUAAUAAUAACGACGAUAAUGAUUUAAUAUAUUUAGAUAUAUCUAAUUUUAGUAAUCAAUAUAAUUAUCAAUAUUAUCAACAGUUAAGACUAUUACUGAAAAUCAACACCAAAGGUUUACUGAAUAAAAUGUGUUCUCCAAACCCUUCUUUCUUUAUGGUGCAGACUGCAGUACUAUCUGUGACUGGUACCGUAUAAUGGAGAACAUUAGCAGUCUAGCCUAAACACACCACUAGAUGACAGCAAUGUCUAACGAAUUACUGGAAAAAAAUGGAAAUAUUACCAACUCGAUAUCGCAAGGAUGUGGACCGUCCCUUCCUGUUUUAGUACCGAGAGAGCCACCGUACCGAGACACAUUGGAGCUGGAAUACAGUCACUUAGAACUCGAUUAUGUCUAGAUUUCUACUUAAUUUAUCAAAGACAAGGUUAUUUAUUUUCCAGCGUGAGGUCUACAGUUAUAUUUAUUCAUGCUGUCACGGUAGCAUUUCGUCUUAGACGGAUAGAUAGACAGACAGCCUCAUAAACCUAUUUAUUAUUGCACUGCCAACCCUUGUUCCUUUCCUGUGUCAAUGAUUGUCCUACCCUCACUCUCAUGGCGGAGACUAAAAUAAUAUAUCACAUUGACGAGGAGGAGACUCCUUAUCUAGUGAAAUUACCCGUUUCUCCUGAGAAAGUCACUUUAGCGGAUUUUAAAAAUGUCCUUAACAAUCGUCCGGUCAAUAGCUACAAAUUCUUUUUCAAAUCCAUGGACCAGGAUUUUGGGGUUGUCAAAGAGGAGAUUUCCGAUGACAACGCCAAGUUGCCCUGCUUCAACGGGAGAGUGGUGUCCUGGCUGGUCCUGGCAGAGAGCUCCCACUCUGAUGGGGGGUCCCAGUGUACAGAGAGCCACCCAGAGCUGCCACCCCCCCUGGAGAGGACAGGGGGCAUCGGUGACUCCCGCCCACCCUCAUUCCAUGCCAACGCAGUAAGCAGUCGGGAUGGCCUGGACACGGAGACGGGUACAGAGUCCCUCCUGAGCCACCGUAGGGAGAGGGAGAGAGAACGCGCACGGAGGAGAGCACGAGAGACUGAAAUCCCUCGUAUCAAUGGCCACUCUAAGUCGGAGCGCACAGCGAGGGACUCUGCCAUGGGCUACGACAGCGCCUCAGUGAUGAGCAGUGAACUGGAGUCCAGCUCCUUCGUCGACAGUGAGGAGGAUGAGGAUGCCAGCCGACUCAGCAGCUCCACAGAGCAGAGCUCGUCUUCUCAGCUAAUGCGCAGACACAAACGCCGACGACGGAGGCACAAAGUGGCCAAAAUUGACCGGUCUUCGUCCUUCAGCAGCAUCACAGAUUCCACUAUGAGCCUCAACAUCAUCACUGUCACACUCAACAUGGAGAAGUAUAACUUCCUGGGUAUCAGUAUUGUGGGUCAGAGUAACGACCGGGGGGACGGAGGGAUCUACAUCGGCUCCAUCAUGAAGGGAGGAGCUGUGGCUGCAGAUGGCAGGAUAGAACCUGGAGAUAUGCUCCUACAGGUGAACGAUGUGAACUUUGAGAACAUGAGCAACGAUGACGCUGUGAGGAUCCUGAGAGAGAUCGUCUCCAAAACAGGUCCUAUUAGUCUUACUGUGGCCAAGUGUUGGGACCCGUCUCCGCGAAGCUACUUCACCAUCCCCCGGGGUAAGACACUUACCGAUGUUCCACCAACAACAGCUGAGCCAGUGAGGCCCAUCGACCCUGCUGCCUGGAUCUCCCACACAACGGCCCUGACCGGACCCUACCCACACUACGAAUUUGACGACUUGCCGCUAUCUGCGAGUAAGACGGACAUGGCAACCAUCGUCAAGGUGAUGCAGCUACCUGACUCUGGUCUGGAGAUCCGGGACAGGAUGUGGUUGAAGAUCACCAUCACCAACGCUGUCAUCGGUGCUGACGUGGUGGACUGGCUCUACUCGAGGGUGGAGGGCUUCAAGGACAGGAGAGAUGCUAGGAAGUAUGCCAGCAGUCUGCUGAAACAUGGCUACCUGAGACACACCGUCAACAAGAUCACCUUCUCAGAGCAGUGCUACUACACCUUCGGAGACCUCUGCCAAAACAUGGCGUCUCUCAACCUGAAUGAGGGUUCCAGUGGUGGGGGCUCUGAGCAGGACACCCUGGCCCCCCUCCCUCCCCCUGCCACCAACCCAUGGCCCCUGGGGGGCCAGCCGUUCCCCUGCCCUCCCUUCCCCUCCGCCCCUCCAGGCUUCCCACCAGGCUACUCAGACCCAUGCCAAAGUUUCCACAGUGGGAGUGCAGGCAGCCACAACAGUGAGGGAAGCAGAAGCAGUGGAUCCAACCCCAGCGCAGGGACAGGGAAGGGCCCUGAUCAAAACUCCUCCCCACAAGUGAAGGGUCACAGGUCCACAUGCAGUGAAACUGAGCCAAAGGGGAUCCGAGGAGCGAGGCGCCCUUGCGAUAAGUCCGCCAGCCAGCAGAGUCAUCACAGUCAUCACAGCAGCCAUGCCCACUCAAGUCACAGCCACGCCCGCUCUGGUUUCAGCCACGCUCAGUCUCACAGGAGUCACUGUCACUCACAGAACAGCCACACCCACAGCCACACAUCCUUCAUCUACAAACACGCCCCUUUCACCAAGCCUGGGCCCGGCUCGUGUGGCCACAGCGAGCGAAGCCACGCCUCCUCUUACGGCCCCCCCGGCCUGCCCCCCUCAUACUGCCUGUCCCGGCUGGCCUCUAAGACCUCCGUCAGCAGCAGCACCCCUCCCGGGGCUCCCCCGGUACGUGGGCUAGGAGCCGUCCCCCCUGAGCUCACGGCAAGCCGCCAGUCCUUCCAGCACGCUAUGGGCAAUCCCUGCGAGUUCUUUGUUGACAUCAUGUGACAGACAGGACAGUGCCUUUUAAAAACUUGCUGAGCACAAACAAGCCCCCCCCCGUCCUACCGCUCGUCCGUCCCACCUCACCUUCUCUUCUUUACUCCAUUUGCUACUGACUAUUCCUGAGUUGAGAAUGUAGACGCUGGUCCCCUCCGUCCCCAUGCUGUCAACAACGGCCCCUCGGAUGUCGGAGCAGGGGAGGACAGGAGACAAGAGCACAACAGAACUGAAGAGAGUCCUGCCAUCACAAAAACACACAGAGCCUCAGUGUCUGAUCAGAACCCCCAGCCAGCUCUUUUGUAUUGACGUGACGUGAACAGUUUGUGAAAUCGAUGUGAGUGUUGUUCAAUGUGGUGAUCCUUGUGAGCUGCCACAGACAGUCCAGUCCCGAGAGUAUGUACUUACUCUAUGUGGAGAACAAGCACCUGCUGUUUGUUGAACCAGACGUCCAAGCCAACUGACUGGGUCUGGAUCUCAAUCCCCCAGACCCACCCGGACACAGAGCUCUGGAAGAGGGAAGCCUCACUGGAGGCUCUGGACUAUGAGUCAACCUCCUAGAAUGUCGCCCUUUACACAAACUUCUACUAUUUGGCCAAUCAUACCAAAACUCCUGCUCUAACUGACUGACCUGCUAUCCGGUCUGCAGGGGGACCGUGACAUAUUCUAACUAGUCAAAGCUAGCCUCGGCCUAUUUCACAGCCCUUGUAUUUGUCCAACUAAGGGAGGCACUGUAACCAGUUGUUAGUCCUGCAGAUAAGCAGCCUAUAGUUUAAACUAUCUCAACUGCUUUAAAAGGAAUAAACACAUUACUUUUGUUAAAUAUUAGAAAUUUGGGGGUUGGGCCUCUCGCCAAAGGUCUAAAGGAAGAAUCCAUACACUGGAGAAUGUUUGAUGUUAUUUACGUAAUCAUGAUGUUGCAUUGACGGUCAGUGUCAUACGUUGUCUCGCUCUAUGGCUGACUCACACGUAGACACUCAGUCAGACAUCAUUUCCCUCUGUGACUCAGUGGCCAGGAUUUGACCACUGUCCUAGCUGUGCUUUGUCCAAUGCAUCAUUAUUAUUGCAGUCAAUGGAGUCCUGACCACAACAGACUCGUGUUGUGAACAGAUUAGAUUUUUAACUGUUUCCACAUACACUAUACAUACAAAAGUAUGUGGACACCCCUUCAAAUUUGUGGAUUCAGCUAUUUCAGCCACACCCGUUGCUGGCAGGUGUAUAAAAUCGAGCACACAGCCAUGCAAUCUCUAUAGACAAACGUUGGCAGUAGAAUGG